AUGAUUUUACCUUUUUCUCUUUUGCGUCACUUUGGAAUCUUGGAUUAGAUUCACUCGAGUUUGCGUUCCAGUUUGUGCGUACCGUAUGCGAACUGUCGCGAGUUAUUUUAUUCACGAGUAACAUUGAGUAAUAUUUUAAGUUUAAUAAGAAAAUCGAACAACUUGUGGAAUAUGGGCCGCUAUAGAAGCCGUAGUCGCGAUCGAGACAGGCGGCGCAGAUCACGUACUCGCUCGCGGAGUAGAUCACCGCGUGACAGGAGGAGCUGGGGUGUCAGCGGAGGACGCGAUAGACCUUCCAACAGUCGUAGCAGUCGUGGUCAGCCCGGCGCGAAUUUAAGGAAACCACGAUGGGACCUCAGUCGAUUGGAACCCUUCAAAAAGGAUUUUUACAUUCCUCACGAUGCAGUUCAAAAUCGAGAUCCACGUAUUGUGGAGCAAUAUAGAGUUGAAAAGGAAAUCACUCUGAGGGGCAAAAAUAUACCCAACCCUGUUUUCAAUUUCGAGGAAGCAGGUUUUCCGGAUUAUGUCCUGAAAGAGAUCAAAAGACAAGGCUUUAGUGAACCGACAUCAAUCCAAGCUCAAGGAUGGCCUAUUGCUUUAAGCGGCCGAGAUAUGGUGGGCAUUGCAUCCACAGGAUCUGGGAAAACACUAUCUUAUAUAUUGCCUGCGAUAGUUCACAUUAAUAGCCAGCCGAAAUUAAGUCGUAAAGAUGGGCCUAUAGCGCUAGUGUUGGCACCUACGCGAGAAUUGGCUCAACAAAUUCAGCAGGUUGCUGAUGAUUUUGGACACUCAUCAGGCAUUAGAAACACUUGUCUAUAUGGUGGAGCACCAAAAGGGGCCCAAGCCAGGGAUCUGGAUGGUGGUGUAGAAAUAGUUAUUGCUACACCUGGUAGACUACUAGAUUUUCUUGAAUCUGGCAAGACAAAUCUGAAAAGAUGUACAUAUUUGGUAUUAGAUGAAGCUGAUAGAAUGUUGGAUAUGGGAUUUGAGCCACAAAUCAGAAAGAUUAUAGAACAAAUUAGACCAGACAGGCAAACAUUGAUGUGGUCGGCCACAUGGCCUAAAGAAGUAAAGAAUUUAGCUGAAGAUUUUCUUAAAGAUUAUGCUCAAAUCAAUGUUGGUUCUUUACAACUUUCAGCAAAUCAUAAUAUAUUGCAAAUAAUAGAUGUAUGUCAGGACUAUGAAAAAGAGAAUAAAUUAAGUACUCUAUUGAAAGAAAUAAUGGCAGAAAGUGAAAAUAAAACCAUAGUAUUUAUUGAAACAAAGCGUAGAGUAGAUGAGAUAACAAGAAAAAUGAAGCGCGAUGGUUGGCCAGCAGUUUGCAUUCACGGUGACAAGACACAACAGGAACGAGAUUGGGUUUUACAAGAUUUCAGAUCGGGCAAAGCACCAAUCCUUGUUGCUACUGAUGUUGCUGCCCGUGGUCUUGACGUUGAAGAUGUCAAGUUUGUCAUCAAUUUUGACUACCCCUCCUGUUCCGAGGAUUAUGUCCAUCGUAUCGGUCGUACCGGCCGUCGACAGAAAACCGGCACGGCGUAUACUUUCUUCACACCCAACAACGCCAACAAGGCCAACGAUCUAAUACAAGUGCUGAAGGAAGCGAAUCAGGUGAUAAAUCCGAAACUGUUAGAGCUCGCCGAUGGUAAAGCUGGCGGAUAUGGCAGAAACAGAGGUGCAAGAAACCGAUGGCGAACUCGAGGCGGUGGAGGCGGUGGUCGUAACGGAAAGGAACGCAGCUACUCACGAAGCAGAAGUCGAAGUCAUAGCAGAGAACGCAAUGGUCGUAGCAGUCGACGAAGCUACAGUCGUAGCUAUUCACGAAGUCGUAGCCCCAUUAGCAACCGUAAUGAGGUUAUCGGUAAGAGUUACUGGAGUAGCGAGAGAUGAUCUUCCAGCGGCGGCUAAAAAUGUCUAUAUUUACGAGACAGGUAAAUUUUUUUAUGUCCAAUAAAAGCGGUGUAUUAGUAGGAUAAUGACUGAAAUCGCUGAUUUCAAAUGGAACAUAUGCUGUUUGCAAUAAGUUAUUUAUGCCGAGUUUAAUGAGACGCUAUUGUAAUUUUACGCAUAGCAGCAUACAUAUGUCUUCGCAUCCCAUCGAAUCGCCAUUGAGAUGGCGCCAGAUUAUGCUGGGGGGAUAUUCGCGAUUUAUAGCUGAUGGAAAAAUGAUCAAAUCGCGAACGACAAAUCAAGUUUUCCGCAUUGGUGAACGAUAAAUCUUUCACGAAUUAUUAUGAAAUCGCGAAUAAUCUAGCGGCCCAGUUUUUGACUUGCUGUGUAACAUAUUUGAUAGUUUGCUGAACACAUUUACACCAAUCUCUUAAAUCAAUUUCAAUAUACUGAUCGUCGCUAUCGUAAGAUAAGCUUUUAUGCAAUUCAUGUGUAUUUGUAAUAUUUAACGUAUACUUGGAUUUGGACAAGUGAAGAUAUUUUAAUUGCUACUUACUUGUUAUACGAUGAUAGAAUAUGCUAUCAUUUUUUAUUUCCUUUUGCAUCUUCUCUGCCGCAUCUAAUUUUUUCCUUCUCAAGUGUUACCUAUAUACACAGAUUUAGAUUAGCUAUAAUACGAAUGCAUUACAACAUAAAAAAACUACCAUUUAUAUGUUUUUAUAACUCUCUACUUCUUACAUCCCAGUAGUAAAAAAAAAAGAAAAACUAACUAAGAUGAUGUAAGCGAAUGAAUAAAUGUAAUCAUUAUGCAAACUAAA